GUGGGUGUGGGUGUGGGUGUGGGUGUGGGUGUGGGUGCGGGUGUGGGUGGGGGUGGGUGUGAGUGUGGGUGUGGGUGUGGGUGUGGGUGUGGGUGUGGGUGUGGGUGGGUGUGGAGCGUGGGGUGUGGGUGUGAGGUAUAGGUGUGGAUGUGCGUCGGUAUUGGCCUUCUUUUUGACCAAACCCCCACCGACACCCACACCCACACUCAUACCCGCACCCUUUAUUCAAAAGAAUCAGUUCUGCUAUCCUUUCACAUAUGCCAUAAGCUGUAAUGUUUUUUUGUUUUUUGAUUAGGUUUUUAGGCCAAUCGUCUUGAAUGUGAUUUCGAUAUGGUUUGUAUCACAAUAGCUAAAUUGAAGGAUGGGAAAAUAUACUUACAUGGUUUUUGUGAAACACGGAAAGUAAUGAGUGUUGAAGAUUAUAUGAAAAACAUCGCUAUUAUUGGUGGUGGAUGGUAUGGAUGUCAUAUUGCAUUAACUCUAAAGCAAAAAGGACAAUAUGAUGUGACAUUAUACGAAGCAAAAUCUGACAUAUUUCUCGGUUGUUCAGGCCAAUUUGGCAUCCGAUUACAUGCUGAUCCACAUUAUCCCAGAUCAAAAAAACACGUGAAAGUUGUCAAAAUUAUUUUUACAAUUUUCAAAAUUGUUUUUGAACCGAGUAUUGCAGUUGGAAUAUGUCUACGUGAAACAUUUAAAAAACUUUUAAAACAAUCUGAUGUUAAUCUAAUAUAUAAUUAUAAAGUGGAAAAAAUUGAGAAAGCAAAUCCCAAUAAACUUCAAAUUAAUGCUGAACAUAUCUUUGACUAUGUAAUAAAUUGUACAUAUUAUCAAGAUUUAAUCAUAGAUUCGAUUUUCCCGUUUAGUAUUGAAGUGAUAUAUCAACCAUGUUUAGCUUUAUAUUAUGAAGACAAUGAAAAGUCUAUUAAUGAUGAUGCUUUUUCAUUUAUUAUCAUGGAUGGAUGGUUUCCAUGUAUAAUGCCGUAUGAGGAUGAUGAAGAAGAAGAAGAUGUUAAUCGAAAAUAUAUACUUACACAUGGGAAAUAUACAAUUAUGGGUUCAUUUAAAACAUAUUAUGAAGCACUUGCUUGUAAAAAUCAAUUAAAUGAUACAUUUAUUGAGAAAAUAGUCAAACCAUUAUUCAAAUAUCUAGGAUGGAAAAGGACAAUUGCAACAAAAUUAAAAACUGAAAAAGAAUUUCGAAAUGCAGUUACAUGGGAAAAAGAUAGUGUGAUCUAUGUUAUUUCUGGAAAAAUAAAUAAUAUAUUCGAUGCUGAACAUGAAGUAUUCUCUUUAAUUAAACACGAAAAUAUCCUUAAAUGGGGAGAAUAUAAUUAUGUCAAAGGUGGAGAAUUAGAUAGAUCAAUAAAUGAAGUUACUGAAAAACGAUUGCGAAACCUAAGAAAUACUUCUGAAUUACAAGUGUAUGAUGAAUUAUACUUGCAAUUUAACAAUAAUUAA